ACUAAAAGCUGGCAAUACUCUUCGGCGAAGCUGACAAACACUUUUUCAGUUAUUGUAAUUAUUGCCGCAGAACAUUUACAUUAGUUUUUAUCAGAAUUUGUGAAAUAUAAAGUUUUAGCAAAAUGUCUGCACGUUAUGAUCGCGCUGUUACUAUUUUCUCCCCAGAUGGUCAUUUGUUACAAGUGGAGUACGCUCAGGAAGCAGUGCGUCGAGGAUCUUCUGCUGUUGGAGUACGAGGAAAAGAUGUGGUAGUGUUGGGUGUAGAAAAAAAAUCAAUGCCUACUUUACAACUGGAUCGAACAGUUCAGAAAAUUUGCACUUUGGAUGAACAUGUAAUAAUAGCAUUUGCCGGGUUAACUGCUGAUGCUCGUAUUCUUAUUAAUCGAGCUAGAGUCGAAUGCCAAAGUCACAAAUUGAAUGUGGAAGAUCCUGUAACCUUGGAAUACAUUACUCGGUACAUUGCGCAAUUAAAACAGAAGUACACACAAAGCAAUGGUAGGCGACCAUUUGGAAUAUCGUGUUUGAUAGCUGGAUUCGACAGUAAUGGCGAACCACACCUUUACCAGACUGAGCCAUCUGGAAAUUAUUAUGAGUGGAAGGCUAACGCUGUUGGUCGAGCGGCAAAAACAGUCCGCGAGUAUUUAGAAAAGCACUACAAGGAGGAAAGUGUUGCAGAAGAAGACUCGGCGGUGAGGCUCACAAUAAAAGCACUGCGUGAGGUAGCACAGUCCAGUGGGAAUUUAGAAAUCGUUGUAAUGAAAAAGCCUGAAAAACCCGGUGACGCACCAAAACUUGUAACUCUUUCUGCAGAAGAAGUAAAAAAACACGUUGAAGCUAUUAAACAGGAAAAAGAAGAAAACGAGAAGAAAACCCAGAAAAAGUAAAUGUAUUUAACUUCGUUUCCAUAUAACCUUCGUUUUUUCUUUUCAAAGCUUAAAAAUUCUGUAACCGGAAAUAAAAUAUAUUGAAUAAAGAUUUGUACAAUCCACGUCUA